CCUGGUUUGAGUCGUCGGUGAAGGCCGUUGCCAAGCUUCGUCACCUCGGUCGAGCGCAAAAGCGGGCCCAUCUUGGCCAACGACCGGGCCGUCGUCAGCCGUACCCAGCUGUUCCCCAUAACUACCCCGAAAUUUCCUGCAGCAAAGCACCCGCCAAGCACAUCGCGAAGCCGACACUGCAUCGUGACGGACGCUUACAACGCGAACUCUUCGCUCACGCGACUCAAUUGGGCGAACGCCGCUCCGCCAGCCAUGAGCCGGACACUGCUGCGCUCCGUGCUGGAGCUGCGCACUCCCGCAACGCGACUCCUGCCAUCGACCCGGCCGACCGCGGCAGCAGCAGCAGCAACGGGCCCCUUGAGAGCGGCAGCUUCCCUCCGCCUCUUCAACCAGACAGCGCAACACAUCGAACCCGUCGCGUCCGACUCGAACAACGCUGCCAAUGCCAAUCUGCCGUCAUCUUCCUCCUUUUUCGCCUCUUCAACACCAUCACAGCAGCAACCUCCCGCUCCCACAGCACCCCAACAACAACAACAGCAACAAGCAGAACAACAACGCUCACCAGCGGCGCCGAAACCGCUCAGCGAGUCCGUGCGCACGCUGCUGCCGAUCCUCGCCGCGCAGCCCGGGCACUACAUCACGGUGCACAUCCAGGGGCAGCGGUUCCUGGUGACGGCGGGCGACAGCGUGCGGCUGCCGUUCAGGCUGCGCGGUGUGGUGCCGGGGGACGUGCUGCGGCUGACGCGGGCGAGCGUGCUGGGCAGCCGCGACUUCACGCUGCGGGGCGCGCCCUACGUGGACGAGCGGCUGUUCGAGUGCCGCGCCGUCGUGACGGGCACCGAGUCGGAGCCGCUCCGGAUCAAGAUCAAGAAGAAGCGGCGCUGCCGCCGGGAGAAGCACGUCAAGAGCAAGCACCGGUACACGAUCCUGCGCAUCAGCGAGCUGAGGGUCCGGACGGAAGCGCUGAACGAGGCUUGAGCAAGAGGGAAGGGACAAAUAGACUCGAAGGGGUGUGGGGAUGCUGUGUCUCUGGGCUUGGGACACAACACGGAGGAGGAUCUCUUGCCGACGCCCUAUACUUGUAUGAUGGAGUAAACUGUCAUAGACAUUGUAUCAUAUGCAACACUAUUCGCGCAGAACCAUGCGGCGGGUUGACUUUGCAGGACAGAUGGAACGUCAUAAUGGCAUGCGGCCCUGGGCAUUUGGUAACUUGAUCGUUCUUUUCCCACCAGUAAACAACCCUGCCGCUGCUGUUUUUUGACGACUUACCACCUCUGAUGCCCUUAAGGCCGGUGAAAAGAGCACUGACUGACGAGAGGCGGACAUAGCACCAGCGGGCUGUCGGUUUAAAGGAGGGAGUUCUGCACAGUUGUUCAACAAUGGGGUCAGGAUCGGAGCGGGCGAGAGAAAAACAGCGAAUCCAACUUUAGAAUCCUUUGCGAGGAAGGGGAGCUCAACUAAACACACAUGCUCCCCGUGAUUAGCAAUAUUUGAUGCCCUCUGGCAUUGAC